GAGCCCGGCCCAAGCCUGCACGGCAUCAGCUGACCGAUCUGGGACCUUCAGGAUGAUGUGCCAAAAGCUGGUCCUCCUCCUGCUGCCGGGAGCAGUCGCUUGGACAGCUGUCACCAAGGGCAUCUCAACAGAGAGCCACAGGUUAAGCGCCGCUACCGCCUCAGAGUCGGCUUCCAUCCCUGAGAUCCCUCAGCUGCGAGGCGCGGAAUUCUCCGCGCAAGAGGCGGGGAGCUCUGGACUGCCAAAUUGGGCACGUACUUUGCUGGCAACAGCAGCUGUCUUUCUUGCAGUUGUUUCCUCCCCACGGGCUGCUUCGGCACAGUCCAAUGUAAACAUCUACAUGGGACAGGGCUGCUUCUGGCACGUCCAGCACGAGGUGGUUAAGCAGGAGGCAAAUGACCUCUCUCGCCAAGCUGCUGAAGUUUCAGCGUUGUCGGGCUACGCCGGCGGAAAUGAGGUUGGUGGCAAGGGUGAGGUGUGCUACCACAACAUGGCAAUGGCACCAGACUACGGCCGCAUGGGGCACACUGAGGUGGUGAACGUGAGCGUCCCUGAGGAGAAAGUUGCUGACUUUGCAAAGGCAUAUUUUGAUGCUGCUGCCAGAUAUCCUUUCGGCCGUGCUGAUCCCCAGGACCGAGGCACCGAGUACAGAUCUGCCAUCGGCAUCCCAGGUGGCAUGGAUGGGCCCAUUUUCAAAGCUGUGGAAGCUUCCAACGCUGGCCGCUUUGAGCUCCUGCGUGGUCAGGGCAACGAUGCAGACACUGUUGGGACGAAGAAGGUCUGGGUCUAUGACUCCAACCAGUUCCCAUUUCAUCAGGCAGAGAUCUACCACCAAUUCCACGACGACAUGUUGGAGAGGUACUCAGAGAAAUACCACAGCCUGAAGAAGUUGCUGGUGAGUCAAGGGACUAUUCAGAAGGUUGCUUGCCCUGAGAUGGGCUUCUAAGCUUUCACGUGUGAACCUAAAUGUAGGACAUAUGUACAGUUGACUCAAGAUGACACCAAAAUUUUCAGAUUUUCGGCUUGCAGAGACCUGCCCAAAAA